GCUUUCAGUUUUCAAAAAUUUAGUCAACGAACAACGAUAAAACGACAGCGAGCACGUAGACACGCGUGUUAACAAAUUUACACAAAUUUAUAUAAAAAAUAAAUCAUAUUUUAAAACCGAAAUUCUUUUGAAUUUCCCCAUUUAUUUUUCCGGGUAUAAAAGAAGUCGAAAAUUUCAAAAUGGUGUCUGUAGAAACAAUUGGUUCGAUAUUCAUCAAAACGCUGAAGUUGACCAUCAACAUUGUUAUUCUCAUCCUCUACUGCAUUGGCGAUGAGGGAAUUUUCUUAGGCGUUAGCGGAACCUGGAAUUUAAAUGAAGAGAAGAGUCCAUCACCGGAAAUUGUGGCCUCUGGCAUAUUUGUAGGCUUCCUAAUAUACACCACUGUGCAUACGGUAGCAUUCUUUUUUGGCACUACCAAGCACAAGCGCGAGCUCACCGAUACGUUGAUGAAUAUGGUUGGAACUGCCAUGUGGAUUACUAUUGGCGGCGUGGCCUUACAUUAUUGGGGCGGCUAUAUGUCUGAUCAGGACUUUCUUUACGUAAAUGCUGAGCGCCAAACGGGUAUUGCUAUGGGUGCCCUAUGCGUAAUUGAAGGUGCACUAUAUUUGCUGGACACUGUAUUGGCAUGCAUACACUAUUCCAAGGCAGAGGAUAUCGAAUACACAGGAGUUGGACAUUAAGCAGCGAAGGACAGUACCAUCAAAAGCCCCAUACAUACUUUAAUAUUAGUCACAUUCAUAUAUCAACUACUUUUUAAAGUGCAAACUAGCUGUAGAGGACCACCUACAUAUAUACAUAUAAUUUACGUGACACGAGCAUAUUUUGAAUAAAAUAGAGUUAUUCGAAAUUGAAAAUUCAUAAAAAGGAAAUAUAAUAAGUACUCCUCUCUGGAACAAUAAA